AUGGUCCCCUCCACACCGGUCACAGAGUCACCUUUGACAGUCGGUGCCUUGAAGAACAAAGGCACCACAUUUUUUUGGCUUUCAAAUGGAGGUAUUAUCAAACUCAACUUGAUGCUUGCGCUUUUCCAAAUAUCAAGUUAUGCUACCGGUUAUGAUGGUUCUAUGAUGAACGGGCUCCAGUCCCUCACUACAUGGCAAACUUCUUUCAACAACCCAGGAGCGUCUGAACUCGGCCUUUUAAACGCGAUACAGAAUGUCGGUCAGCUCAUUACCAUGCCCGUUUGUGCAUACAGCUGCGAUAGGUUCGGUCGCCGUCCGGUGCUUUUUGUCGGAGCUUUUAUUCUUGUGAUCGGGGUCGCUCUUCAGGCUGCAGCACAGAAUGUCGGCAUGUUCAUCGCGGCGCGAGGCAUCAUCGGUAUGGGACUCGUCCUGAACAUUACGGCAGCACCCCUUCUGCUUCUAGAAUUGGCAUAUCCUGGCCAGCAGGGACCCCAGGUUGCCAUCUACAACAGUCUUUGGAAUCUAGGUGCUUUGGUAGCCGCCUGGGUGACAUACGGUACGUUUCGUAUCGAAAGUACCUGGGCAUGGCGCAUUCCAUCAGUUCUGCAGGGUCUCUCCAGCGUCAUCCAGAUCGGACUUUGCUUCUUCGUAGAAGAGUCGCCGCGAUGGCUUAUUAGCAAAGAGCGUGACGAGGAGGCAAGACAACUGAUUUGCAGGUAUCACGCCAACGGUGACGACUCUGAUCCUCUCGUCACUCUCGAGAUGGAGGAGAUCCGUACUGCUCUUCGUCUGGAGGCGGAGGCAAGGCGCAAUACAUCGUACCUGACCUUCUUCCAAAAUAAGGCGAAUAUCAAACGAUUUUUCAUCAUUUUGUCUGUGGGUUUCUUUUCACAAUGGAGCGGAAACGGUCUCAUUUCAUAUUACCUCACCUUGAUUCUUGACUCGAUCGGCUAUACCGCUGAAAGCACCCAGACACUAAUUAACGCACUGCUGACGUUGUGGACCUUGCUCUGGAGUGUGCUUUUUGCCACUGUGAUGAACAAGUUCGGCCGUCGUACUCUGUUUCUCAUUUCCACCGCGGGUUCAUUGGCUGUCUACAUUGUCUGGACGGGUCUCGAGGCGACCUACGAGAAGCAGACCGCACUCGAAGGUACGGGAGAUGAUGGUUAUGCCAAGGGAGUUCUGGCCAUGAUAUUUUUAUUCAACUUUUUCUUCUCAAUCGGCUGGACUCCCCUGCAGGUGACGUAUUGUAUCGAGAUCUUACCGUUCGACUUACGUGCCCGGGGACUCGUGCUGUACAAUUUGUUCGUCGCCCUUGCCAGUAUCUUCAAUCAGUACGUGAACCCUAUCGGAGUGACAAACAGCAAGUGGAGAUACUAUAUCACCUAUGACGUAUGGCUCCUGUUUGAGCUCAUCGUUGUGUAUUUUCUCUUUGUGGAAACGGGCAAUCUCAGCUUGGAAGAAACAGCGGUAAUUAUGGACGGAGAGGAGUACGAGAACAAACUGAUUGAAGGUGCGGCCUCCGUUGCCGAGAAGAACCUUCAGAAAGACGACGUCGCAGUGGAAAGCAAGGCGCUGCCGGGCGAAUCGUAA